AUGUCUAACAAUACAACUGCUCCGGAUAAAGAGCCAACAGACUGCCAUGAGGUUCAGAUUCCUAUUGAGAUCUUUCUCAUCAUUGGUGUUGUGAGCCUGAGUGAAAACCUUCUGGUUGUGGUGGCAGUGAUUUGCAAUAAAAACCUGCACUCUCCCAUGUACUGCUUCAUCUGUAGCCUUGCCGCUUUUAAUACCAUCUCCAGCCUCUCCAAAACCUGGGAGAACAUCAUGCUGGUUUUUAAAGACACUGGGCACCUGAACUCUGAAGGAGCAUCUGAGCUCAGGGUGGACCGUGUGAUGGACACUUUACUCUGCAUGUCAUUUCAAGGCUCAUUCUUUAGUUUCCUUGCAAUUGUUGUGGACCGCUACAUUACCAUAUUCUAUGCGUUACGUUACCACACACUCAUGACUAUGCGGCGCACAGCAUCCAUCCUGAUCACGAUCUGGGCCCUGUGUGGCUUUAGCGGUGCUCUUAUGAUCACAUUCUUUGAGGUUGCAGUAGUGAAGAUCUUCUUCAUCGUGCUCUUCUUCACAGCCCUGUUCCUCACCCUCCUGCUCUAUAUGCACAUGUUCUUGCUGGCACGGUAUCACGCAAGCAGGAUCGCAUCCAUGCCAGGAACCACUGGACACCGCAGAAGGAGUGGUAUGAGGGGAGCACUCACAAUUACCAUCCUCUUUGGGGUGUUUUUGGUCUGCUGGGCCCCCUUCUUCCUUCACCUCCUGAUUAUUAUGGUAUGUCCUCAAAACCCAUACUGUGAAUGUUAUCGGUCGCUCUUCCAGCUGCAUGUGGUGCUGCUGAUGAGUCAUGCAGUUAUUGAUCCAGCUAUUUAUGCCUUCCGGAGUGCUGAGCUGCGAAAGACCUUCCGUAAAAUGUUUUUCUGCUUAACGGAAGCUCAAAAUUAUGUGCACGGCACAUGCGAAUUUGGAAUAUCUUGUGCAUGA